AUGGUAAAGUUCUCGCACGGUUGCUGGCACCCAGCCCCAGAUACUCUCAUCGACUGGGCGGCCGAGACUGUCAUCGCUGAAACCAGAGACGAGGCAUUGCAUUUUGUAACGUCCUCAAAGCCGAUCAACAAUCGUGGUGAUACGUUGAAUAACCCUACGUUGACCCAUUCUCUCACUUCACCCACCGACAAUGUCUUCCACUUAUCGUCCACGCAUUGGAUAAAGCAGAAGAGCGUCACCCAAGGACCACAUUUUGAGCUAUUUCCUGAUGGAAAAGCCGAUCGUGCAGUUGAUAUUGAGACUUCAAAAACAGCGGAGAGUCUGCAACUCCGAGCUGGUGACUUGGCUGCAAGUGUAGAUACCAGACCAAAAUCGUUUGAUAUCACCUUUCGCGCCAAAGAUAAACUUUUGACAAAACUCGGAUGGCGCUCAGUUGGCUACAUCAAACAAGGCACUACUGCGCUUCACCCGAGAGCCAAUUACAUCAAUCCGAACAAGGGCCAGAGAUGGGUAACUUAUCAGCUUCAACUUGGGGUGGGAGAAAGGGUCUUUGGACUGGGUGAACGAUUUGGCCCGUUUGUCAAGAACGGACAGAGCGUUGAAAUUUGGAAUGAGGACGGAGGCACUGGCUCGGAACUCACAUAUAAAAACAUUCCUUUCUUCAUUACCUCCGCCGGUUACGGAGUCUUCAUUCCAACAUCUAACUUCAUUUCUUUCGAAAUCCAAUCUGAACGCACUACUCGGGUCAAUAUUUCCGUGCCUGGUGAGACCCUAGCUAUGUACCUGAUAUACGGCCCAGACCCAAAGUCGAUUAUUGAACGAUACACCACAAUCACCGGCAAGCCGGCGCUUCCACCAGCAUGGACAUUCGGUCUUUGGCUGAGUACAAGCUUUACCACCGAGUAUGAUGAAGGCACUGUUAACUCCUUUCUGGAUGGGAUGAACGAACGUGAUAUCCCAGUCAGCGUGUUUCAUUUUGAUUGCUUCUGGAUGCCGGCGUUUAAGUGGUGCGACUAUGAGUUCGAUACAGACUAUUUCUCAGAUGCGAAGGGACAGCUGGCUAGAAUCAAGAAACGUGGAGUUCGCAUUUGUGCGUGGAUCAAUCCCUAUAUUGCACAGGAGAGCGCUAUCUUCGAUGAGGCUGCCGAAAAAGGGUAUUUUAUUAAAAAGACCGAUGGAAGCGUUUGGCAAUAUGACUUUUGGCAAGCGGGCAUGGGGUUUGUCGAUUUCACAAAUCCAGAUGCAUGCAAAUGGUAUCAAGGCAAGCUUCAGGCACUUAUUGACAUCGGUACGGACUUUGGCGAGCGUAUUCCAACAGGCGAUGUUGUCUAUUUUGACGGCUCCAACCCUGAAAAGAUGCACAACUACUAUGCAUUCCUCUACAACAAGGUCACAUUCGAGGUUCUGUCCAAGGCUUUUGGUGAACACAAUGCUGCUCUUUUCGCUCGCUCCGCCACCGCUGGCUGUCAACGCUUCCCUGUCCACUGGGGCGGAGACCCUUACAGUACCUUUGAGGCAAUGGCUGAAACCCUCCGCGGUGGAAUGAGCCUCGCUCUCAGUGGGUUCGGUUACUGGGCACAUGAUAUUGGCGGGUUUGAAGGAAAGCCAGACCCGGCAUUAUUUAAAAGAUGGAUCGCCUUUGGGCUAUUUUCAAGUCACUCGAGAUUACAUGGCAGCGGCAGCUUCAGAGUGCCCUGGUUGAUCGACCAAUCCGGCGAGGCGGACAAAGUUUUGAAGCACUUUGUCCAAACAAAACACUCCCUAAUGCCCUACCUUUACUCCAGUGCUAUUCAAACACAUAGAACGGGAGUCCCCAUGCUGCGAGCAAUGUUCUUAGAAUACCCAGAAGACCCGACGUCCUGGCAUUUGGACAUGCAGUACUUCCUUGGAGACAAUUUGCUGAUCGCCCCUGUUUUCAAUGCCGAAGGACGCGCUCAAUAUUACCUUCCAAAGGGUGAUUGGUACGGUAUUCUUGACGGUAAACUGCGCUCUGGUGGGGGAUAUGUCACAGAAGAGCAUGAUUUCUUUUCUUUGCCCGUUCUUCUCCGCCCUGGAUCGGCUGUGUUUCGCAGCGUGGUCCAAAAUCUGGAGAGUGUGGUGUAUGACUGGAGCAAAGACGUAGAGCUGUUGGUGAACUGGGCCGAGGGGAUGAAGACCACAGUGGAGAUUGCAGAUCAUGAGAAACUUGGCUUCUCUAAAGUAACUCUCAAUAUCGAGGAUUCGGCCGAAGGGGUUACUAUUAACGUUUUCAAAGGUUCGUUUACUGGCUCGGUAGAUGUCACGCUGGUAAAUAAGAGCAUCAUGCCGUUGUAUGAAGAAGCCAUUGCCAGCAAUUCUAUAUGCUUGAAGCAAGGAUCUUCUAAGAUCACAUUCAAGGUAAAGUAA